AUGGUCGAUAUAGCGAUGCGAUACAGUGGUGCCUCUUUCUCCGACAUAUUUGAGAAAAAUCCACAAAUCUACGUGGAGCUUUAUCUCUACUUAGAUGGGUUGAUAGCUGAAAAUCGAUUUCCGCUGGGUGAUGGCGUUGAUACCUCCUCCCCACUGCUUAUACCUUACCAGGGCGAAGAGGUAGCACAUAGUCCUCAACUAGGGAUUUCUGGCUCUGGGAAUUUAUAUGGAAUUCAGGAUGAAGGAGAUUGGGAAACUGUCUCGUUCCCUUCCAAUAUGAACGGUUGUAGUGAUAUUGAAGAUGCAUUGCCACGCCUUAUGGAGCAGAACGAAGAAAGCAAUAGCAAAUUAGGUGAAGAUUUCUUUGACUAUCUCGUUUUUCUCGGCGAAAAAUGA